AUGACUACAUCUUCCACGACAAUGGAUCAGACUCUGAAAUAUCCACAGGUAACUCCCACUGUCUCAACAUAUCAAGCAGAGAGAAACCCCCACAGGUCAGCAGAGACAGACACGACUCGAUUACUCUACGAAAAUGAAAAUAAAUUGGCCCACGAGAACAUUCUUCGGCAAAAUUUGCUGGUAAAAAUUGCCCAGAAGCAACAAGACGGCAAUUCCAACUCAGAAGAGACUGUUUCUUAUACUUUAAAUGAAAAUGAUUUGAGAAAGUCCAUCAAUGAGGCCAAGAAGAAGAACUGUGGAGGUAAUUUCCCCAAAGAAUCUGUCUCCACAAGCCCGGAUAUGAUUGUCUUGAGGGAUGAAAGUACAAUGGAUGAUAAAACAGAUCUGGAAUUACUUAGUCAGUCAAGUGUGUUAGUAUAUAACUUUCCAAACACAGUCUGUGCAGAUUAUCUGAGGACAUAUUUCACAAAAUAUGGACAGGUUGGUUAAAUAAGUCAAUCCAGGUGGUGAGGGCACUCAUUUUGGCGCGAAAUUCGGAGAAGGAGUCCACCAAAUUCGGCUUUGUCGAGUUUUCAUUUCCCGCGUCUGCAAAAAAGUGUCUGGAAAGUGGAGAUGAGUCACAAAUUGAAGGAUCAGUCCUCAAAUUU